AUGUCGUGCGAUAGCUCUCUCUACCGGCGGUCGCUCAAGCUCGCCCUCGACUGGGCUGUCCAGCGGAAUCUAUGGCGCGGUCAAGCGGUGUAUAUCCGGUCCCUCUUUGACGCGAACAGAAACGUGAAAGAUCCCAGACAACAGAGAAUCUUGUUCAAUGAAACAGAGAAACUGCUGACCAAAUGGAAACAUCCCGACCCGUACCGACCACCAACGGCCCCUGGAGGUUCGAAAUACGAGAGGAACCUCCCAGCUCCAGAUCUUCCCGCGCCGUCGAGAGAGUUCGUGAAGAGAUUAUGA